GCCCCCGCCCGUCGAAGUCAGUCGCAUCGAAAACACGACACGAACGAGAACGAGAGACCCAGCGACAUGUAAAAAUGGAGAUGUGCCCGAAGUGCUCUUCCGAUAUCGUGUCAACGGGCGGCGGAAAAUCAGUGCGUCGAUCCGGCGAGGGCGCGAACUAGCGCGCGCGCGAUACAGGUACGUCCGGCGGUGGCGCGCCGCGUGUGCAACUUGUGCGGACUGGCGAGGCGGGCGAGCGAGCAUCUCGAUUGGGCGGAUACUGAAUAUACACACGGUGGAAGUGUAGUCAUGCAGAAAUAGUCAUGCCAACAUAGCAUUUCUUCCACUAAAACAAGAAAAAAUGUCCAGGCACAAGGUGAUAACCAGUGACAAACUACAAGUAAAGACAAUUUUUAAAUUAAGUGACUGAUAUAUCUAAAAAAAUCUCCACAAACACACGCAACCUGCACACAACCUACAAGAUGUCCGACAACACAAGGCACAUCGUGCAGGUGUACGUGGGGUCGCUGUCCGACCUCUACGAGGCGCUCUCCGUGGAGGCGAGCAAGCAGACGUCCGCCGAGGAGAUCGUCACCUGCAUCGUGGAGCGGCUCUCGCUCACCGAAAGCCCCACGGCGUACGAAUUGGCGGAGGUGAUCGGCGACGAUGUGGGCGAGGAGUGCAAGGUGCGCAGUCUCGGCCCGCAGGAAAGCCCCGUCCAGCUGAAGCUAUUGUGGCCGAAAAACCUCGCCACCGAGAGCCAGUACAAGUUCUACUUGCGCGAGAAGGCCAACGACUACAUGUGGCCGGACAACUUCGUCAUGGACACCCAGCUAGUGAAAGACUACUUUCAUCGCUUUCUCUAUCAGCCGAAAGAUCGGGAGUAUCCUGACCUGUGCCAACUGCCCGACUUGAACGAAACCACGCUGCUGGAGAACCUGCGGAAUCGUUUCGAAGCGGGGCAUAUAUACACCUAUGUGGGGAGUAUUUUAAUAUCUGUCAACCCGUUCAAGUUUUACCCGAUCUACAAUCCCAAGUACGUGAAACUGUAUCAAAAUCGCCGCUUGGGGCCGAAUUUACCGCCGCAUAUUUUCGCGGUGGCGGAUACAGCGUAUCAGUGCAUGCUGAAAGAUAACAAGAAUCAGUGUAUUGUUAUCAGCGGCGAGAGCGGCUCGGGGAAGACUGAGAGCACCAACUUUUUGCUACAUCACUUGACCGCGCUCAGUCAGAAAGGGUCGUAUGGUAGUGGCGUGGAGCAGACGAUACUCAGCGCUGGGCCAGUGCUGGAGGCAUUCGGCAACGCCAAAACAGCACAUAAUAACAAUUCAAGUAGAUUCGGCAAGUUUAUUCAGGUGAAUUAUAAAGGCAAUGGUAUGGUUCACGGCGCCGUCGUGCAGAAAUACCUCCUGGAAAAGUCAAGGAUAUGUAUGCAAGGGCGCAACGAGCGUAAUUAUCAUGUUUUCUAUCAUCUGUUGGAAGGCGCCAGUGAGCAGGAACGUUCACAGUUGUACCUCAAGAAGGCACACGAAUACAACUACCUGAAUCGUAGCGGAUGUUCCACUUUGGAGAACGUGGAUGAAAGCUACGAAUUCUCCCGGUUGAAACAAUCGAUGGAAAUGGUCGGUUUCACAGUGGAGAAACAACGCCGCCUGUUUUCCGUACUCAGCGCUGUUUUACUCCUCGGUAAUGUUGAAUUUCAACCGCGGAAAUCAGCGUACCAUCAUGAUGAGGCUGUCGGAAUCAAAAAUCCCGAAGUGGUUGCACUCAUCUCCGACCUGUUGCGCGUGAAACAGGAGACAUUGAUGCAGGCGUUGACGGCGAAACGCGCGCGUGCUUCCGGCGAGACGCUUGUGAUCAAUUAUCGCCUGCCGGAGGCGAUUGCGAGUCGCGACGCGAUGGCGAAGUGUCUCUACGGCGCACUGUUCGAUUGGAUUGUGCUGCAGGUGAAUCACGCGCUGCUGUCGAAGAAGGACACGCUGCGAGAGCAUCAGGGCUAUUCGAUUGGUGUGCUGGAUAUUUUCGGGUUUGAGGACUUUGGGCUGUGCAAUAGUUUCGAGCAACUUUGUAUAAACUACGCCAAUGAGCAUCUGCAGCACUAUUUUAAUCAGCAUGUGUUCAAGUAUGAGCAGGAGGAGUACAGGAAGGAGGGCAUCAAAUGGAAGAAUAUCGAUUUUAUGGAUAACACUGGAUGCCUGCAGCUCAUUGAAGGCAAAGUCAAUGGUUUAUUGUGCAUCCUAGAUGAUCAAUGCAAUUUUCCGGGCGCAACCAACGAGACGCUCCUGCAGAAAUUCAAUAGCGUGCACAAAGACAAUGAGUUCUAUCAGAAGCCGCAGAAGAAGGAGGCGGCGUUUAUUAUUGUGCACUACGCCGGCACCGUCAAGUACCAGGUGACGGAGAUGCGCGAGAAGAAUCUGGACAUGAUGCGCCAGGACAUUGUCGGCGUGCUCAAAAACAGCUCGAUGGCGUUUGUGCGCGAGCUGGUAGGCGCCGAUCCUGUCGCCGUGUUUCGCUGGGCCAUCGUGCGUGCGUUCUUUCGCGCGUACUUUGCCUUCCAGGAGGCUGGACGUCGGCAUCGACAAGGGCGCGUCGAUGGCAACAAGAACAACAUCCAGCAGAGAUACCAAAGGAAUCAUGUGCCCAACGACAAUAUCAUUAGCAAGCAGCGCAACACGAUAGCGUUGAAUCGUUUGAGUCGCAACAGCGGCAGCGAUGCGGACGCACCGAACAAUCACAACCGGCUCUCGUGGCCGCAGUUUUACAAUCGCGGCAAGGCGAGCACGGCGAGCAAAGCCGGCGGCAACGAUGAGGGGCGCACGCGAAAGGACGCUGCCGUAGGCGGUGGCGGUGGCGGUGGUGGCGGAGGGCCGCACGCGGCCGCCUUCGAGCGCGUGAUGUGUCCCGAUCAGGCGCGCGUCAUGCAGCGAGCCAAUCAGAUCGUUAUGAAAAACAAAUCGUUUCGACCGCGAGAGCGUGGCCGCAAGGGGCUGAAAAACCUGCAGUCGGUGAAGACGCUUGCCGGUAAAACAGGCAUCACCGCUGCCAAUCAGGGCCAGCUGGGCAAAGCGCGCAAACAACCGAUGACUGUCACCGCUCAGUUCCAGCAAUCGCUGCAUUCACUCAUGGAUACUCUCAAUCAAGCGAAUCCUUUCUUUAUUCGCUGCAUCAAAUCAAAUAGUCGGAAGGUCGCAAAUGAUUUCGACGAGGAAACCGUGCAGAGGCAGUUGCGGUACACCGGUAUGUUGGAAACUGUCCGCAUUCGCCAGGCUGGAUUCAAUGUUCGAUUAACCUACGACGAGUUUAUUCAACUAUAUCGGAUCCUACUGCCGAAGGGGUUGUUGAGUUCGCAGAAUGACGUGCAUGAUUUUCUCGCCACGUUGAAUUUAGAGGAAAACUACCAGCUGGGAAGCAGUAAAGUGUUUCUGCGCGAUUCCGUCAAGGGUAAACUCGACAGUCGACUGCAUCAGCAGAUUAUGGCUAGCAUCGUGCGGCUGCAGCGGUGGUUUCGGGCAUGCCUGGAACGCCGGCGAUUCUUGCGGAUGCAGCAUGCAGCGAUUACGAUUCAGUCGUACUGUCGCAUGUUUUUGAGUCAGCGCAAUUUUCGAAAUGCUGUCGCGGCGGCCAUUAAAAUUCAAAAGCAAUGGCGGGCGUACGCUGUGAGAUCGUGGUAUCAGCGCGAAAUGAAAUGCAUCGUGAGGAUACAGGCGCAAUGCAGAGGCUACUUUGCGCGGAAGGCCUUCGAGGAUAGGAAGGAACAGGCGUUAUUGCAUCGGAAACAUAGUAAUAAUAUAUCAAACAUCAAAUUGGCAUAUGGUGAUUCAAAUGAAAAGAGUCGAAUUCAUUCGAUGGAAUUCGUUUCGGAUGAAGAUGACGAAGAGGACGAUCACAAUUUCACGCAGAAGGCGGCAUUACGCUCCACUCAGUCAUUGCCGAGCGUGACGACCACCAGACAACCUGCACCUUUCAAUAUUUAUAAUCACAAUAGACUUGAAGAUAUCAAACAGGAAGGUACUGUUUUAGAACAGCCCGCGAAACGGAAAUUGGUGAAAAGCGUUGAUAUUAGCGAAGCUUUUUCAUUGGCUCCGCGAAGGGGCAGCGGGAAUUCAUUAAAUACCGCGCAUCAUACGCGUACAUCGCCCUAUCAAGACAUGAAUGUGCGUGACUUGUCGUACAUGAUGACACGUACGAAAAGCGAAACUGAUUCAGACCCGCCUACAACGCCACCCUAUUUAGAAUAUAAUUAUUUGAAGCACAUGCCCGAACGACCCAUCAAACAUAUUGGUGUCAUUGUCAAUGUCAAACGAGAACCGCGCACCGAUUCGAAACUGGUCAGUUUUCCACCCAUCCGCCGAAGCAGGGAUGAUUUGGUGCGAAUAGAAAAGGCUACCGAGAUUUUGGAUAGAUACGCGGAUUUAGAAUUGGAAUUGGCACCGGAUAAGGCGAAGCAAAUACUGGUCGAGACCACGCACAUACCAAAACCACCCUCACGCAACGCCCGCACUCAACGGCGGUCGCAAAUCGUGCGAAGUUUAGGCGACGACAUCUGCGAUCCAGCAAGUGUCGAUCGGAAUCCAAAUCUGGGCACCAUUGUCGAGUGCCAACAACAUAGUAAGAUUCUACAUGCCAGCAACAAGCUCACCAAGUCCGAGACGGACUUUAGCUACCCGCACACCGCAUCACCGAAGCGCACGCGCCCCGGUGAACAAUUUCCACAGAUACGGCGACGAAAUUCCGACCCGGCAACCAAAACGACGAUAAUCGAAAACCCCAACGGUACGCCCUGGGUUGAAUCGAAGACUAUCAAUGUGGGCGAUCAUUCCUUCCGGUUGUCACACACGUCCAAGUCGAAGCCGACGGACGACAACUGUUUCUCGUGCAAUAAGAAUCUGUAUCCGGAUCCGGGCCACAAAUGUCUCGUGUGCAAGAAGACUUUUCACGUUAAAUGCAUUCAGAAUCAGUUGGUUAAUAAGAUUCCUUGUAUAGCGGACAACCAGAAACCGCGGCGGAAACAACGGAAGUCUUCGCGUGCGCCACAGGACUUUGCGAAACACAACAGCAAUUUUAAGAAAACCGGCACCUCUGAAUUCACCGACCGUACCGAUCAGAUUAUUUCGGACGCUAAAGAACUGGAAGAUAUGCAGAACUUUAUCUCCAGUAAAAUCGUCAAAAUUGAGAAGCAAGCUGGUGAAAAACCCAGCGAAGUCGACAGACUGUUCAAGCAAGCACUGAGAGAGUUUAAAGAUAAUCUGGUGCAACUCUACAGCACGGCGAAUAAGAACGGAGCCAGCUUUGAUGCGUACAGUGUGAAAUACAAGGAUCUUAUUGCGAAUUUCAUGCAAGCGAUGGAUACAGUCUGUCAGCGCGAGCAGACGGACAAAGAUUUUCCAGUCACAAUGGGAGUGAAUGCUUUCAGGGGUUUCAUGAAUGAGUUUAUGAACUCACGUGCGGAUCAAGAGAAACCCAGCAAGAGUAAGAAAAAGAAAGAGAAGAAGCGAAAACAGGAGGAGCGCACGCUUUUCCACGGACAUACCUUCCAGUUGACAAUCUUGCAGAUUCAAACCGUGUGUGAGAUCUGCUCGCAGAGACUGAUGUGGCCCAUUGAACGCGGGCUAGUGUGCCAAUCGUGUAAGCUAACUUGUCAUAGAAAAUGCUACCUGCGGUGUCAGCGUUGCGUGAAAGAUAACGCAUCGAUUGAUGCCGAUUCCAAUAAACUGUUCGCUGUUCCUCUCGAGUCUUUGCUCGGCGACGAUGAUAAAAUACCCGUUGUGAUUGAGCGAUUGUUGGCGACGAUAGAGAAGUUCUUCCUGUACACUGAAGGUUUGUAUCGAAAACCCGGCGUUAGUUCCAAGGUCAAAGAGUUGAAGCAGAAAAUGGAAGAGGAGAAAGAAGAGGUUAACUUUGCACAAUAUCAAGUUCAUGUACUAGGCUCGGUAUUGAAAUGCUUCCUGCGUGAAAUGCCCGAACCACUUUUGACUUUUGAGUGCUACGAGAACUUCAUACGCGUUGCGGGUAUGACCGAUGCGCAGGAAAGAGUGUCGACGUUGUAUGAUAUGUUGAAGAAGCUCCCAACCGCCAACUACGACCUCAUGGAGCGUUUGAUCUUCCAUCUUGCACGUGUAGCGCUCCACGAGGAGGUAAACCGAAUGAGCGCUGCUUCCUUGGCGAUUGUUUUCGCUCCUUGUAUUCUACGGACAAACAAGAUUGUACCUGCACAGGACCAUCUCCAUGACAUCAGCAGCCAGACGCAGUGCAUAGAGACGAUAAUCUCGGAGAAGAUUCGAAAAAUUCGUAGCACUUUGGAUGAUAUCGACACGUUGGACACCGCUUGUCAAGCAGCGACAAAUCGUCUGUCAUCUCUGCGAAGUUCGAAGGUUUUCAGUCCGGAUGAAUUGUUGCCGACGCAGUCAUCACUUGGCCAAGCCGGGAAUCUUGUCGACGAGGAGGAGAACCUCUUGCAGAACCACAUUCAUGACAUUCUGAAAGAGAAGGAACAUCUCACGUCGACGCUGCCGAUGUUGGCGCAUGCUACCUCUGAUGAUGACAUGCUGUCGACGGACGGUAGCUUCGACGACAUCUUUAGCGGUAGUUCCGUAGGCGCUAGUGAGCAGAAAAGACUGAAGGGCCCCGUAAUACGCACCCUCUCCGCCGGGCAAUCCAUUCCGCCGAAACACCUCGGGUACAUGAUUGAUCAGGCAAAGAUUGUUGACGAUUGCACUGAGGACGCCCCAAUAAUGGUGUGAAUCCCACGACGCAUGCGAAUCGCACUCGAAGGUAAACUAUUUUCAAAUUUGAAUAAAAGACCAGCGAACGAACGAACAAGUACUAUUUGAGGAUUGUAGUGUUGUACAUAUUUAAAUGAGAAACAGUAAAACUAGAUAUGAACUAAGUGUAAGACUACUGAACAAGAUGUGUUUAUAUAGUAUUGUCUAUUUUUAUGUAUAAACACUCAACGUUGUUAUUUCACAAGUGAAACACUUUUGGGUGGCGACAACUAAUCUAUGUGUGAUAUUUUAUUUGCACACUGGAAACAAACAUUUACGUUUUUCCUAACAAAUACAACAACCAUAACCUUUGUAUUUCUUGUAAAAAUUUAUUUUUUCAUGACUUUCUACUGUAAAGUGAUACAUAUAUUUAAAUAGCACUUAUAUAUUAUAUAAAUGGAUAUAUAUUUAUAAAUUCAGCCAGGAAUACGCGCGCGGAAUGUUUGAGGUCCGUUCGCGUAUGGUUUAAUUGCAAGAAACGUGUCAAAGUUUUGCGAAAUGCGGACUGAUUUGAAUGGAGAACGCGGUACUUUGUUGUUAUUGUUAUUAAAUGUGAUUUUCCCUUCUUAUGCUUGUGUUUCGUAAGCAGGGUAUUGAAUGAAAAAAACUAACACAAAAAAUCUUAUGACUAUUGAACUAUGAAUAUUCUCGCAAUAUUAUUGAAAAAGUACGAGACAUAACUAAACUUAAAUGAAUUAAACGUUGUUAAUCAAUAUAUUGUUAAGACACAGGCAAAGCACCGACAAGCAAUCGCUACGGAAUGGACGUUUCUAUUACAUAGGUAUUUAUUAAACAUGAUCGGGAGUCUUUCUUUUUUGUAACUGGAAGUCACUGUAAACGAUGUGUGAGGAUUGAAAACAUACUGUUAUAAUACUCAAGAAAACCCAAUAAUGUAUAAACGAUCAUUUUCCCUCUCUUCAUUAGCAAUAUGCAUUCUUCUUCUCCAUCAUCACAAAACAAUGCGACUUGUUUCGGUUGGAAAACGUGUUCAUGCUAUCAAUUUUUCCACUCAGACAAGCUUGCGCCGCAGAAAUCAAUCAAUAUGUUUAAAAGUGUAUCAUUAAAUUUAAAGAAAAAAACACGUAGCAUUUAAGUUUGACGAGAAGGAAUUAUUAAGUAAGCGUUAUUUAUUAUAUUACAUAUAUUAACUCUAAUUUGUUUAACUGUUAUUUGCUCACACGGUUCAAGACGACGACGACGAUGCGAGGAGGAGGUGGCGAGAUGAUUGUAAAUUGUAAUUUAUAGUUUUUAAGUCGGAGCAAAAUUCGUUUGAGCGUGUUAGAUGCCGAUUAUGUUUACUUUAGAGAAUGAUACUUAAGUUUUUACACGAUACACAUUAUUUUACCUGCUAACUAACCCGCUACGAAUAAUCGAAUUACUAAUUGAACUGACAAUGUUACAUUAACAACAAAUCGUUUUUAAUUUGCAUUUUUUGUUUGUAUAAUUUUCAACACACAUUCGACGCUUGCACGAGAUAUAUAUUUAUUGUUGCGUUAAUGUUAACGUUUGAAUAUUAACAACUAUUAUAAAACACAUUAUUACAUUACGGAUAUAAUAUUACUGUGAACUUUAAUAUUUUGACUGACUGGCGCGACGUGGAGCGGACAUGACGUGUUUAUUUCGUUUUUAUCGUAUUAUCACUUGUAAUAAGCGCGGAAGCACACACGCGAAUUAUGAAUACAUCAUAUGAAAGUGAAUCAACUAAAAAUCGAUAUAAACAAACUUAUUGAAUGUUUAACUUUAGACUUUAUUGUUGUGCGAUGACUAUGAUGAAGGGCGCGCUCGCGCGUGCACCCGGGCAAAUUUUGAAUGAAAUCUAAAUUUAAAAAGCAAACAAAUAUAAACUUGAGUAUAUUAUGAAGAAAAUAAAAAUGAAAAUAUCUAUUAUACCAAAUGUUAAGCGAUAAUUAAAUUGUUUAUAUUAUUAUAAAUGAAUAUGAAUGUAAUUCAAGACCUUUGUAAAUAUACUUUUUUCAUUUA